AUGUCUGGCACCAGCGAUCUUCGCCAUGACGGUACUGCGGCCAAGAGAGUCUAUAACCACAAGAUGAACAAGUUGAAGUGGGCUCACCGUGGCCGAGCAUCCUUUCCUCAUCGCGAUGUAUCCAUCUCUGACCCGGUGGCCCGACCGGUGAUACCUCAGACUCACUCGCUGAAGUAUACCCGUCUUUUGCAGCUCGACCGGAAGGCCAAGUCCAACCAACUCGCCACCGAUGCCAAACUCACCCUGCGACGUGACGUCCGCGAGGCCCUUGACAGCGGCUCGUCCGAUUCCUCCUCGACGGAAGACGUCGAUGAUCCCUCGUCCGCACCGGACGUUUUGGGUGUCCUCCAGGAAGACGAUUCUAUCGAGCCGUACGAAGUAUCGGGACAGACGAUCCUAUCCGAUGCGAUCAAUAAGGCUGUAGAGAGGUUUGAGACACAGGAGACCGAGAAGCUCGUCAAGGAAUAUGAGGUCAUCACUCGCGAGAGUGAGAUCGCUCUGGGCUAUCUCGCUGACGAUGAUUUCGAGUUGGUUAAUCAUGAUCACGCAAAGGUGUGA